AUGAUUGCCAAGUCGAAAACUCGUGAGGGGCAUGUACAUGUUCUUCGAAAGUUCUUCGAACGACUCCGUAAGUACAAAAUGCGUCUCAAUCCGCAGAAGUGCACUUUUGGGGUCACGGCAGACAGGUGCCAAGCGGCUUUUCCGUCCAUUCAGAAAUACUUGCAGAACCCUCCGAUUCUCAUGCCGCCGACUCCUGGGAAGCCAUUGAUACUUUAUUUAUCUGUGAAUCCUUCAUCUAUGGGGUGUUUACUGGCUCAAAAAGGAGAUAAAGGUGUCAAGAAGGCCAUUUAUUACUUAAAAUUCGAUCUUGCGUACAUUACGAGAAAAUUUGUCAAGGGGCGAGCAGUUGAGGAAUUCUUAGCCGAUCAUCCUGUUGAUGGACCAGAAGACUCAGAUUUUGUAUUCCCGGAUGAGGAAGUACUAACGGUUGUCGAAGACGUGUGGACACUUUACUUCGACGGAGCAACCAACCAGAAGGGAUAUGGAAUCGGAGUGCUUUUGAUUACACCUGAUGGUUCUCACAUUCCGCUUGCGUUCAAACUCAACUUCGAUGUCACGAACAACCAAGCGGAGUAUGAGGUCUGUAUUGUUGGCAUGGAGGCAGCUCUUAUCCUCGGUGUGAAAAAACUCGAGGUCAUUGGUGAUUCCAACCUUGUCGUAUCUCAAGCCAACGAGGACAGGAAGGUUCAUGAAGUAAAGUUGAAGCUUUACCAUCAGGACUUGGAGGAUCUCAUCCCUCGUUUCUAUAAGGUUACUUUCACUCAUAUUCCCCGCUUAAAGAAUCAAUUCACCGAUGCCUUGGCAACUUUGGCUUCCAUGGUCGAACUUCCUUUGGGUGUCAAACUUCGCCCUAUUCUGAUCAAACAACGGGACUAUCCUGCCUAUCAUGGGAAGUAUCCGGCUGAAGCUUCUAAGAAGGAUCAACUUGCAUUACGAAGGAUAGCGGCCCAAUACAUCCUUUGUGGAGGAAAAUUAUACAAGAGAUCCCAUUGUGGGAUGCACAAGCUCUGUGUCAAUGGUUCUGAAGCCACAAGGAUUAUGGAGGAGGUUCAUGAGGGAGUCUGUGGUCCUCAUAUGAGCGGUGUCAUGCUUGCUAGGAAAAUCCUACGACAGGGCAUUGAUGUCAUUGGCAUGGUCAAAUCGUCUGCUUUGAAUGGUCACCGGUUCAUUUUGGUGGCGAUAGAUUACUUUACCAAGGUUCUGGAGUUGUUCGAAGAAUUCGGAAUCCAAGUCCAUCAUUCGACUGUUUAUCGCCCUCAAACAAAUGGAGCUGUUGAAGCAACAAAUAAGAAUAUUGAGACGAUUAUCAAAAAGUCUGCUGAAUCUGCCCGGGACUGGCAUGAGCAACUACCUCUAGCACUAUGGGGGUAUCGGACGUCAAUUCAUACAUCGACAAGAGCAACACCCUAUUCUUUGGUUUACGGGAUGGAUGCAGUACUCCCUAUUGAGCUUGAGGAGUCAGUUGUCAUUUUGUCUUCUUACGAUUUCCCUUCUUAG